AGUACCAUUCAUUUUCACAGUUGCAUUGGAACAUUGGAAAAGCUUUCAAAUAGAAUGUAAUGUGCAACAACCAAGCUGAGUCAGACAUAAAGGGCCAGGUGAUAAGUAGCUAAAGUUUUUUUUUGUAUCUUAAAUAUUUACAUGUCUAAGUUGACAGUAUGUGACGUAGCAGAUGACAUCAUAUUCUCGGGACAGCUGUAAAGUCAGUCUGCAAAGCACAGCACAGAGAAUCAGGCCUAUAUAAAUUCAGAUUGACUGGACAUUCACUCUUCAGUGAUAUUUUUCUAAAGACUAAAGCUGUGAAGUCGGUCUACAAAACACAGCACAGAGAUUUCUGUACUCCCAGAGAGACUGGACAUUCACUCUUCAGAUUGAGGUUACAUGAGCUAUUAUGCUUUGUGAGCUGCUGAGGAGACAAACACAGAGGAGAUGAAUAACUCUACAGUGAACCUCACCACACCUGAAACAUCUACACACUACAAAAUUCAGUCCUGGGAGCUUAUAGUCAAUCUGGAAAUCUUUGUGUACAGCAUCAAUUUGUUUAGUUUUCCUACACACUGCUAUGUUAUAUGGCUCAUCGUUGGAUCAAGAAGUGGAGUUGCAUUAGAGUUCUUCAACCUCAAUCUCUCUGUUUGUGAGAUCGGUAUCUGUCUGAAUAGUUUGUUCUUUAUACUGUCAAGGUGGUUUUCAUGUCUUGAAUUUUUAGAUCAGUUUUUAGCAGGGUUUACAUUCACCGGUCGCCCUCUGUUUCAGUGUCUGAUGUGUGUUGAGCGUUAUCUGGCAGUGGUUCAUCCUGUAACCUUUCUGAAGUACAAACCUCUCAGAUAUAGAGUCUUCUGCUGCACUGCUGCAUGGAUAAUUAAUAUUGGCUCCUGUUUGGUCUGCAUGUACAAUGUAGCCUCAAAAAACCAUCAUGCACAUGCGCUGUUCUUGACAGUGGAGCUUACACUUGUCAUUUCCAUCCAGUUGUUUUGUCUCGUGGCUGUUUUCAGAGCUCUGAAGCAGUCAGGACCAGGAGAGAGAGGGAGAAAAAGAGAGGUGGACAACCCCAUAAAAAGAAGGGCACUUUUUCUUAUUCUAAUAACCACAGUGACCAUGUUCAUCCUAUUUUUCCCAUUUGUAAUCAUAGGAUUAUUUAUCAUUGUGACUGCUGAUUCUUCUCCAGCAGUCUGGCUCACUGGCGUGACUUGUUUUAUUCUGGCUGGUUUUGUUCAGCCUCUUCUUUAUCUGCACCGCACUGGAAAACUCUCCUUUGUGCCUCAUUAAAUUUGCAGUUGUGAUAUUACUAGAUGAAGUCAAUGAAUUGUAGUAAAUUAUUGAUUAUCAAAUAUCUGCAAUUGUAAUAUUUAACUUCAGUUACUAAAUAUUACUUAUUGAUCACAACCAUUAUUUCUGUAAAUCAGAGUGUACAGCAUCAAUCUCUUGUUUGGUCUUCUUAUACACUUCUAUGUCAGGAGUUGCAAUAGUUCUUUAACGUCAAUCUCUCAGUUUCAGAACUGUUUGGUCCUUCUACUGUCAAUUUGGUUUGCAAGUUUCUCAAGUUUUGAUAAUAAUGUUUUAAUAGGACUUUGCAUCACUGGUCGUCCUCUGUUUCAGUGUCUGAUCUGUGUUGAGCGUUACCUGGCAGUGGUUCAUCCUGUAACCUUUCUGAAGUACAAACCUUUCAGAUAUAGAGUCAUCUGCUGCGUUGUGACCUGGAUCAGUAUACAUGGAUCCUGUAUGUGUUGCAUGCUUACGAUACUCUCGCAAUAAAGACAUAUGUGGCACACAUUUAUGCAGAUGAUAUUAGUCCUCAUCAUUCAGUUGCUCUCAGAGCUCUGAAGCAGUCAGGAUCAGGAGAGAGAAAGAAAGAGGAAAACUCUCAUGUUCAAUAUACAUUUAGCAGUUGUGAUAUGUUACUAGAUUAAGUUACUGAAUCAAAUGCAAAUUAACUUUUAAUAUGCGAGACAGAAGAAAUGCACCGAUAAUGUGAUUCAUAUUGUGAUUCCUGUGUAAAUAUUUUACUCUUUCACAUUAAAAAACAUUAAAACAUA